ACUGCAGCGGGUAGAUUACCUGACGUGCACUCGGACCGACAUUGAUGUUGAGAUUUCUCAGUCACUGUAAUGUAAAACAACCCAUGGAUUCCCGAUGAGAUGUUACUAUGUAGUUACUGUGGCGAAGAUCUCCCACCAGGGACUCAAUGUGGUGAGGGAGAAGAGGCGUAUCAUGUGGAGUGUAUCACACUCAAUAUUCCAAGAGGAAAGGAAGCACUCAAGACUUAUAGAGAUAUUUCCACACAGUCCAAUGUUUUGUGCAUGGCAAUACAUGUCAACUACAUACAUGGUCUAGCACAGGAAAACAGGGAACAAACUAAAAGGAAGAAGGAAAAGAGGGCUAUAAAAGCAAGGGAAUUGUUGAAAAACGCAACUGCACUCCGCAAUUCUAAUUCAGGGCAUCUAUUGAUUCACUUCGUGGGACGAGAAAAAGAAGACACCUUUACUGGGGCAUUUGACGAAUUUGCUGAUGACAAACUUCAGACUUUGAUUCAAGACGGAAGCCUGUUCACAGAUGUGUACUCAAAACGGUUACUGAGUGAUUACGCCACAGAUCUAGACAAACUGCAGAAGAAGCAACAGGAAGUACUUCAAGAGAUAUCAGGAAAACUCGAGGCGAAAACCAAGGAACAACUACGCGCGCAAGAGCAGCUGGAAAAGCUAAGAUUGAAGGCUAAAGAGACACUGGAUGAGCAAUUGCUUGAUGCAAUACUUCAGCAGAGACAGAAAGUAGUGGAUACGGUGAAGGAAAUUGAAAGUUUGCAGAACAUUAAGUUAAAAGAAGAAAAGAAACUGUCUGUGUGUAUUGAUAAGGCUACUUUAAAGGAUACACGCCAUUAUACAGAUUUCCUUGUACUGUAUGUUGAAGGUGGCGUAUAUCUCACCACAUCUGACUCUAAAACAAAAAUAGCUCUGGACGAACGAAUCAUCAAUCCAUCUGAUCAAACUUUGAUAAGAUUCCUGAAAAGCAAACCUCAGUUUAGAUCAGUGCAUCCUAAUGCAAAUACAUUGCGGGGCUUAACUAAACUUCAUGAGAGUAGAUCCGUUCAAUUCAAAGGCUAUUUCAAAGGGAAGGAUACCGAUGAGAAAACAGUCCAUUACAUGUUGGAUGACCACAGACUUCUUGAAUACAUUAGUGCAUUUUCAAAACUACCUGAUGGUGGUACCUACUUCUUUGGCAUCGCAGAGAAAGAGACUUCCAUCAAUGGAAGUCCAUACAAGUCAAAGUUUAUGGAAAUUCAACAAGUUCCAGUCGGUAUUCAGCAGAAUGUAGAAGCUAAAAUAAAGGAAGGAGUUUCAAAAGGUGUCUUAAUCUGUGACUAUGAUGGACACGAAAUACACAAUGACAUUGUGAAUGUAUUUUUCAUUCCAUCUUCAAGAGACAACGAACAACCUGAUGUUACUGUGAAGACCCCUGAACAGUUUGUUAUUCAAGUACACGUCCAGCCUGUCAGUGGCAUAGUGUUCUAUGACAAACAGGGGCCUUUGGCAUACAGAGUGGAAGCAGACACUGUCAAACCAUACUCUGUAAAACAGUGGUUUCAUGCCGUCCUCGUGAACAGCGUUGUGAAGUAGAUGAACAGAUCACAAACAAGUCAGAAAUACGACAAAAUGCCAGGGCGAGAAGUGAGUUUAAACAGCAAGGAUUUUCAGCGUCCUCGCUUGAAUCCCGUCGUAGAGAGCAUUACUAAGAUUAAAGACACCUUUGUGAAGAAAGGUGUACUAAAUGUUGUUCCAUCGAAGAUACCCUCGCACCUAUCAGAUAUCAGAGAUGGCCUCAUUUCGCUGCUGAUGACAAAUGGAGCUCUGUACCAAGAAAACAUCAUUACCAGUGAACCAUUGGGUGAAAGAGACACCACAUGUCUUUUGUAUUUAUCAGAAUAUUUAGCAGCAUUACUGGAUCUCCCUGUGCCACGGACACACAGAAACACUAGGUAUGACGCCUUCAUAGCAAUGCCCCAUCAACCCCUCAUGCUGCUGACUCUGAUUGACAACGGCACUGAAACUGAAGAGAUAAGGAAGUAUAACACCACUGUGGCUAGAGAAGUGACUUCAAAACUACGCAGGUUUACCAAUGAAAGCAUUAAUGUGAUACAUGGAGUUUUCAGUUUGAGUGACCUCAUAGACACAGACACGUGCUACAUAAAGUUACAGAGAGUAGCAGCAUUAUCUGCAUCCUUCGUUCCCAAGUCUUCUCUGUUGAUGACUCUUGCAAAAUAUGAACAUGUGAUGAUGGCCUUCUGGGCAGCUGUUGCGGAGACAAAGUCUGUCCUGACAGAGACAGGUGAAGUAGAUGACAGUUGUAUCCACUUUCUCACUUCUGAUCAGUGUGCGUGUCUUGUGGAGAACAUCGAAAGUAGAUAUGUUUGCUGCAGACAGGAGACCGACAUUGAAUCCAACACUCUGAUGGUGGAGGUGGCCAGGAGACUGAGCA